GUGAGAAAGACGAACCAAAACACACAAACAAACACCACAUUUUCCACCCCCACGGACGUCCCCGCCGCCAACCCACCAGCAGGGAGGCAGAUCACGCACGGGGGCAUCGCGGCGUUAACAGGAGGCGCCGAGAACCAGUCACAUUAGGCGGGAAUCUCAAGUACUUUGCAAACUUUAGAUGCCCGACCCCAAGCAACCAACCCGCCCGCCGAGAGUUUCCAGACCGUCGCCCGCCUGUCCCUUCGUCGCUGUCUGCCUCCUGUCUUCUCCUGUCUCACAUCCUCGCCUCGUCAACCACAAGAACAAGCCCACGUGCCACUGUCUCUCCCCUGUCUCUUUCCUCUCCGUUCUCCGUCCAUCUCCCCUUCUCUCCGUUCCUCCCCGUCUCUAGAGGAGGGUGGUGAGGCGCGCAUGUCGAGUGUUGCCGAGUGUUGCAGCCGUGAGUUAGUAUGCCUCGGAACAGCGCCUGGGUGUAUUGGUGUGUCAUGGAACAGCGUCAGGUCGUGUGUUGGUGUGUCUCGAAGCAGUGUCAGCGGCGGCCGGUGCAUGGAAGGCGGCGGCGGGGUUAGUCAAUGCCACUGGACCUCAGGAAAUGGAGUCUAGUUGAGGGUGAGGUGUGGUGGUGGUGGUGGUGCCCAGAGAUGGAGAUGAACGCUUGGUACUAAGACGUCGCUGGAGCCAAGACCGAGACCAAGCAGAGUGUAAACAAACAAAGGGUGAAUAAGAAGAGGUCCAAUAAUUGACCAUAGCGAGAAACAGGGAAGCUGAAACACGCAAAUGAGCAGCGAAUACUUAAAUACGACACUCAAGGAUCAAGAAGACACUGACCUAGGAAGGGAUUCAAAGCCAGAGAGGGCGGGGAGAGGCCUGUUCUGUCUCCUCGUCUGUGUCAUAUAUUCAGAGGUACAAGGAGGAGGAGUGACACGAGGCAUGGUCCCCCUCACAGCUGGUCAUCAGGCUCUAAGGAAACAGUGAGCAGGAAAUCCCGAGCCUACCAUGGCUUCAGGUGCUGACUGGCAAGAGAGCUUGGGCAACAUAGACGACCUGAUCAGCUGUGUGGGGAGCCUGGAAACAGAGGAUGUCAUAUACCUUGAGGAGUACCUGGCCGGGGAGGGCGGACUUGGCUCACGUUCCCCCAGCUUGUGGUCGGUACUAAGGGACAGCACUGGGAAUGAGUCGGCCGGUCUCUGGAGUGGGCAGGAGAGUGUCGGGAGGGAGCUGCCAGACAACCUUUUGGAUGAGGAGGAGGAUGAACUUGUAGAUGACCCACAAGUGCCUCUGGACACAGCAAGCGGCAAUGACACCGUUGGCACCUCCCUUGGCCCCCGAAAGCCCAGGUCUACCCAAGGAGUUUCCAAGCCAAAGUUUGUCUCCUACCAGGCUUUUCCUCCAACCAAAGACAAGCCGUUCACCUGUGAGCUAUGUGGGCGUCGCCUGGCCACCCGGGAGAGUCGCCGCAGACACAUCAUCGCCAAACACAUCAAGGAGCGGAACAAUGUGUGCGGCGUUUGUGGAAAAAGCUUCGUCUUCAAGUUCUCCCUCAAGACCCACGCAGCCAUCCACUCUGCUACGCCAAACUUCACAUGUGUGUGCGGCCAAACGUUCAGUGUGCGAGGCUCAUACAUGAACCACGUACGCCGUGUGCACCGGGCUGCCUCGGAGAUAAAGUACUCGUGUGAACUCUGCUUCAAGUCCUUCGUAGAUCACCACACGCUGCGCCUUCACUUGAUAUCGGUCCACAAGCCCAAGACCAUUCCCUGCCUGCACAAAGGCUGCAACAAAGUGUUCUCCACCGACGCCCUCAUGAAGUCUCACUAUUGGUACCAUCUGAAGCAGAGGUUCCCAUGUGACGAGUGUGGCCAAACCUUCUCCACCGAGUCCUACAUGUACAAACACAGACGCACACACUCAGGGAUCAGACCGUACAUGUGCAUCGACUGCGGCAAGACUUACCUGAGCGUGUCACACCUCAACAAACACCGGCGGGUCGCCCACUCCAGCUACAGGCCCUUCCAGUGCUCCUUCUGUGGCAAGUGUUACAAGACCAAGGACCAGCUCAACUACCACGAGAGUACCCACAGAGGUGAGAAGCCCUUCCGUUGUGAGGUGUGUGGAUACGCCACAGCAUACAGACACACUUACUAUGCACACAGGAAGAAGCACCUGACUACAUCCUCAGGGAGCUCUCCUCAAAAGAAAGGUAAAGGAGACUCAUCAAGCACUGGAAACACAACAAGUGGUGCUGUAAAGAAAAGAGAGAAAAACAAACAUCAGAAGAAGUCCCCAUCAAAACAUAAACAUAGUAGUGGAGUUGUCAACAAUACUGUACAGACCCUCGGUACCACAGUGUCUCCCCAAAUACUGGAGCUGAGCACAGGCUGUGGGAAUGCGUCUGCAGGCAUGAGUGUGUCACCCGCCACAACUUCAGUCAAUGUUAUAUGUGUUGUGUCCAGUGAACCGAACACCAUCAAUGUUUUACCUGAUAUUAGUAGGACUAUUUCAACAAGUUUUCCUAUACAGAUAGAAUCUCAGAGUAAAGAUUUACAGUCACCAUCUAGUGAGAGUUUCUUGUCCAGUGAGCCGCUCGGUGUUCUACAGCCAACAGAAACUGACACAGAAGAAAGCUAUUCUGGUUCACAACUAGACAGUAAACUAGAUUAUGAGUUAGUAGCAAAUUCUGACAUGCCGGAGGAGCAUUCAAGAAAUUUCUCCGAAGAGCAAUCGUGUAUAAUAUUAUCAAAUGCUGCUAAAUGUUCAGUUCCAGCCUGUGAUAGUGAUGGAAAGUCUCUGCUGUUGUUCAAAAUAGAUGAUGAUUCUUAUGUGGCACUCUGCACACAUCAUUCCUUGACAGACCCUGCCACUGAUACAGAAAAAGCAGCCACUCAGUCUAAGGAAUCAGUCUCAGCAAACCUUUGUGCACAAGUCCUGGACAGCCCCAGUGGCCAAGAGUCUGGUGUCUUAGGGAGUGAUAACAUAAUAGUGCCACAAGAGCCCAGAAAUGUCCUCGGCCUAAAAGUGGAGCCCACAGAGGCAGACCUUUCUGAGUCAGUGGUUCACAGUCAACUCUUGCCUAAACCAGAUUUGAGACAUAGUAGAGAAGACUGUGGCUUGAUACAGCUCAUAUCACAGUCAGCAGCCACGCCUGAGGCCUGCAUUAGUAACAUGUCAGCGACUGAGCAGAUAGAUAAUGUGAAACCCAGCUCAGAAGUAUGUCUGAGUGAACACUUCUCAUCAAUGAUGGAGUUAGACACAGGACUCCCCGGCCUCUCUGGGCCCAUUGUAGAUGAAACUUUCAGUCUGGCUCAGAUAGAAGUUCACUGUCCCCUGUGUGAGGAACAAUUCCUCUGCAUGGACAACUACGUCACGCACCUCGAGUCUUGUCACAGUUAAUGUUGAACUCCUCUCAAUAUUAUUCACUAGGAACUUUUGUUAAGUGAUUACAUAUUUUCAUUUGAUCUCAUAAUGUGUUUAAUGUUUAAAUGAUAAUGAAUUUAAUGUUUAAAUGAUAUGGUUAAGUUCAUUGCUAUGAAUAUAUUUAUUAAUUUUAGGUCAAUUUAUUUUAUAUACCUUCAAAUGACUGAUUUCCAUUAUUAUAUGAAGUCUUUGAGGAUGUGACCAUAAAAUGGCUACGUUUCAUCUUUCCCUCAUCAAUACACUUCUUCCAAAGGUUUCUUCAGGUCAAACUAGAAUCAUACUGAAAUUGUUCUAACAGCAACAGAUGUGGUAAGGAUUAUUCCUUCAUCUACUACAGUGAGUUAUUCCUCUAGUCAUGUGGUCAAAGCCACUUCAAAGAGUUUUACCACACCACAGCUACAAGACUUGUUUCAGGAGUGACAAGCCAUUAAUUAUCAUGAACAGAGCCUCUCUCCUCCCCUCCAUGACAUGACAGCAGUUUCAUAGUGUAUGGCACAGUAAUAUGAUCAAGAACUGAUAAAAAAUCUUCAUAAUUCUGUGCAUAGGAACCUACUAUGAAUAUGCAUCUACAGUGUAACAAAGUAUGCAUUUUGAACAACUAUGCGUAUUCACAAAAUAAAUUAAAAAUAUC